AUGCUGGUUCAGCAGGACCAUGCGUCCGAGCUUCCUCGUUCUUCGUCGCUGAACUUGGACGUGCACCACCCUGUCCACCCAGCGCCGCCGUUCGAAUCGCCGCCUCCGCUCGCAGUCGCAGCAGCACUGGACGCCUCCUCUUUGGCUCGGCAGACUCGCACGGGCUCGGCCUCGCACGGCAUUGAACUCGGUCCUUCAAACGUCGGCAACAGCAUUAAUAGCAACAACAAGAAGAGGAACGACGACGACGACGAAGCCCAGGUCAACCCUCUGUUCGCCAUCUCGCAACGCGUACAGGCCGGCAGUCUCGAGUCGGUGCACGUCAUUGACGAUCGCUCCGUCGUCUCGGGCCAUCCCACGCCUUCUCUGCUGCAUCCGAGUACCUGGUCCGCUCCUUCGAUACCUCUACUCCACAAGAACAACCACAACACUAACAACGACAGCAACCAGAAUUCGGGCAAGGACAGUGCCGCGGCCAUGGUCCACCUCAAUGGCGCUCCUACCUCGUCCGAGUACCGCAAGGGCACCAUCGCACGAACGACCAGUGGGCUCUCAACCUCGUCCUCGUCGGCCGGCGCAUCCCUCACGAACGGCAAGAGCCAUGUCUCCAAGCUCAGCCAACGCGAGAAAGAGCGGCAACGGGCCAUGAGUGGAUCGUCGCAACACUCGGGUCACUCGGAGCGCUUCGUGAUGCACGGCGAGGGCGACGACGAUCCCGCGCCGGACGAGAACACCGUAGGCCAUCUCCGAGAGUACCACGUGCAUUCGUCAAAGCGAGAAGCGUGGAAGAUGAAGGCCUCGGACUGGAAGAUCGGUAUGAGGGAGCGCAUGCACAGCGGCGACUCGAGCUCGUACCAUCAAGCCGACCACCACCACUGCGACGACCCCAGCAUCUCGAGCCAGCUCAGCCGGUCACCGCGCCCCCAACCGGUACAUUUCGAUUCGCACGAGCGACCGGUGAUUAUUAGUCCGAACGAGUUCACGAACGAACCCGUUUCGAUGGUCCUUCCCGAGAGCGAUACGCCGACGCGGUCGGAAUCGCCAGUAUCGAUGAUCGCUUCGACCUCGACUCAAUCUGGGCUGAACGGGACACGGAGCAACGCCAUCGCCGGUCCUUCCGGCGCCUCGGCUCUCCAGGGCGCCCCGAUACUUUCCCCGAUAUCCCGAGUGACGUCCUCUCCUCGCUCCGCAAUCCCCGUCCUCAAUGCGCCGGGUUACCUCGUCACCAAUUCCCGCAUUCCACCCGUACCGACCGUACCCAACGGUGUCUCCACCUCUGAUCCGUCAAUUAAUGGUCAUGACUCUCCCGCACAGCGACUGGUCCCAAUCGAUUCUCUCACUCUCCCUCUCCUACCAGGCGACAUCCCACUCACGACCGUCACCUCCGCGUUCUCGGGCGAUCCCUCGUCCGUUUCAUCCUCGAGCCGAACCCGACGCAGUCACUCGUCAGCAGAAACGACUCGUCCGGGGUACGUAUCACCUCCCACAGCGACCACAAGCCUUCUUCCGCCGCUCCAAGUACCACACCGAACCAUGUCCACUUCAAUGGUCACCUCGCCAGAGUCGACCGCGGCACCUUACGACGAGGUCGAGUCGUCGAUCGCGGCCCAGGCUGAAGUGAUCCGAAAGAAGCGACAAGAGAAACGGGCGGAGAAAGAAACGGGCGGGGACAACUAUGGCACAUCGAGCAACGAGGAUAGGUCGGGGAGACCGGGGGCUCCGAUGAUCAAGCGCAGAAGUACGCGCUUGGGCAGCGGGGACGGCCCGGGGACAGGUGUGCUCGUGGGGAAUCUGAUCGGGCAGGACCAUGCCAACUAUGUCCUGAUGUACAACAUGUUGACGGGAAUUCGAAUCGGAGUGAGUGACCGCGUAGAAAUGGACCGAGUGGGGAGCGAGCCUUUUGCUAAUGGCUUGCGCUUUCCCAACCCAGGUCUCGAGGUGUCAAGCAAAACUGAAACGUCCACUUACUGACGCCGACUAUACGGCACGCCACAAGUUCUCAUUUGAUAUGUGAGUACUAGGGAAUGAGGGAGAAUGGUGAGCUUGUCCACUGAUUUCGUGUCAUGUCCUGCGCACAGCGUUGGGAACGAGUUGACCCCUUCGGUCAAGUACGACUUCAAGUUCAAGGACUACGCACCAUGGGUGUUCCGUGAACUGCGCGAAUACUUUUAUCUCGACCCUUCGGAUUACCUCGUAUCCUUGACGGCAAAGUACAUCCUCUCCGAACUGGGCUCACCGGGCAAGUCGGGUUCCUUCUUCUACUUUUCCCGCGACUAUCGGUUCAUCAUCAAGACAAUCCGCCACGCCGAGCACAAAUUUCUACGAUCGAUCCUCAAGCAAUACCACGAGUAUAUCAAGGAGAACCCGCAUACCUUGCUCUCUCGAUUCUACGGCCUGCAUCGUGUGAAGCUCCCCCGCGGGAGAAAGAUCCAUUUCGUUAUCAUGAACAACCUUUUCCCUCCUCAUCGCGACAUCCACGAGACGUACGACCUCAAAGGCUCGGCGAUUGGGAGGAAGACGCCGGACGAGAAGGUGCAAGAAAACUCGCAUGCCAUCUUGAAGGAUUUGAAUUGGAUCGAGAGGGGAAGGCAAUUGGAUCUCGGGCCGGAGAAAAAGGCUUUGUUCGAGGAGCAGCUGAGAAGGGACACAGAGUUGAUGCAGAAGCUGCGCAUCAUGGAUUACUCGCUGUUGACGGGCAUUCACAACGUUCGACGGGGGAAUCAGGACAAUCUCAGGGACAACAUGCUUACCGUCUUCCAGGUUAGUUGCGUCUUUUGUGGUCGCUCAUUCUGUGCGAGUGCUCACGCAAUGCCUGUGAACUGCUCCGCGCUGCCAGCCCGACACCUUCAAGACCCCGCGGCGCAAGCUAACCGAUGCGAAGCGCGACUUUGAUGCCGCGGCCGUUCGCAAAGCCGUACAGCAAUCCGAUCCUAAAGCGCUGUCGGAGACGAACAAGCUUCCCGACCAGGACACGUCGGAGCGGCGCAUGUUCUUGUUCUACCAGGACGAAGGCGGGAUUCGCGCCACAGGUGAUUGCAACGAGGACCUCGGCGUCAUAUACUACCUUGUGAGUCGGUAUGCGCCGUGUCAUCACAUAGAUCGACGAAAGCUGAUCGCGACUUUGCUUAUACAGGGUAUCAUCGACAUUCUCACCCCUUACACGUUCGUCAAGAAGGUCGAGCAUUACUGGAAGUCGUUCAAGCACAAUGGGGUACGCGCUUCGGAUCCAUUAUGCUCCUUUGGUCUCCUGCUGAUUUAAGCUACUCUACCCACACCAGCACAUGAUUUCGGCCGUGCCUCCGGAAGAGUACGGCGAUCGUUUCAUGGCGUUCAUCUACUCCCUUAUUCGGGGCAAUGAUACCUCGAAGCGACCGAAGAUGUACGAGCACGAUCCACCGCCGCCGCCUACAGCCGCUACAAAGCCAAAGACAGAGUAG